AGCCAGACAUGGUCCAGCUUGUCUUGCUGCUCUUGCUGCUGGGGGACCUGGCACUGGGGCAGGGCUCAGCCGCCGUGGGCACCCUCGACCUGCAGAUAGACGAAGAGCAGCCUGCGGGAACGAUCAUCGGGGACAUCAGCGCGGGCCUGCCCCCCGGCACCGCCACCUACAUGUACUUCAUUUCUGCCCAAGAGGGUAGCGGUGUGACUACUGACCUAGAGAUCAAUGAGAACACUGGGAUUAUCAAGACGGCGCGAAUCCUGGACCACGAGAGCCGUGACCACUACAGUUUCAUCGCUGUCACCCCAGAAGGGGCCACGGUAGAGGUCCGCGUGCAGGUCAGUGACAUCAAUGACCACCCUCCCACCUUUCCCAAGCGGCGUGGGUCCCUCCAGAUCCCGGAGCACACGCCUCUGGGCAGCCGCUUCCCCCUUGAACCCGCCUUCGAUGCAGACAGCGGCCUGCUCAGUACCCAGGGGUAUGCCCUCAAGGGUGGAAAUCUGGGCCAGGCUUUCCGGCUGGAGACACGUCGUGGGCCCAACGGAGUCCUGCACCCGGAGCUGGUGGUGGCCAGCGUCCUAGACCGGGAGGCCCGCUCUGCCUAUGCUCUGCUUCUAGAAGCCUACGAUGGCGGAUCCCCUCCUCGGAGCUCCCAGAUGACCCUGAAUGUGUCUCUCCAGGACAUCAAUGACAACGCCCCCUCUUUCAAUCAGAGUCGCUAUCACACACUAAUCCCGGAGAAUCUCCAGCCGGGCAGCAGCAUCAUGCAGGUCUUCGCCUUGGACGUGGACGAGGGGGAGAAUGGCGCCGUGGUGUAUGAGAUCAACCGUCGCCAGAGCGACCCUGAGCAGUACUUCAUUAUUGACGCUGCAACGGGGGUCAUCAAGCUCAACAAGGGUCUGGAUUAUGAGUUGCGGAAGGUGCACGAACUGGUGGUGCAGGCCCGGGACAAGGCACUGCACCCAGAGGUCUCCACGGCCUUCGUCACCAUCCAGGUACGAGACUACAAUGACAACCAGCCCACCAUGACCAUCAUCUUCCUCAGCGAGGAUGGUUCCCCUCGCAUCUCGGAGGGGGCCCAGCCCGGGCAGUUCGUGGCACGCAUCUCUGUGUCAGACCCCGACUACGGGGAGUACGCCAAUGUCAACGUCUCCCUGGAGGGGGGGGAGGGCAAAUUUGCCCUCACCACCAAAGACAACAUCAUUUAUUUGAUCUGCGUGGACCAGCUGCUGGACCGGGAGGAACGGGACUCCUACGAGUUGCGAGUAACCGCUACCGAUGCAGGGACGCCUCCACUGCGCGCAGAGUCAGCGUUUGUGCUCCAGGUGAUGGAUGUCAAUGACAACCCCCCUCUCUUUGACGCUCAGGAGUACGAGCAGAAUGUCCCAGAGGUGGUUUAUCCGGGCAGUUUUGUGCUGCAGGUGACAGCACGGGACAAAGAUCAGGGGCCCAAUGGGGAGGUCCGCUACAGCAUCCUACACACUCCCCACACCCAUUCCCAUUGGUUUGCCAUUGAUCCCGCAACAGGCAUUGUCACGACCACCUCCCCCCUGGACUAUGAGAUCAACCCCCAGCCCCAGCUGACCGUGCUGGCCACAGACCAGGGCAAGCCCACGCUGUCCUCCACUGCAGUGGUCCGUGUGGUCCUGCAAGACGUCAAUGACAACGAGCCCAUCUUUGAGAGCACCUUCUACAACGUCUCCCUGAAGGAGAACGUGCCUCUGGGGACCUGCUUCCUCCAGGUUGUGGCUACGGAUGCUGACAGCGGCUCCUUGGGCACCGUCUCUUACUCGCUGGGCACGGGCAUCAGCAGCGCUGCCCCUUCGGCAUUCAGCCUUGGAGAGGAGACAGGGCAGCUCUGCACCGCUGGGGACCUGGACCGGGAUGCAGGCCUCGCUGCCUACGACUUCACUGUCACCGCUGUUGAUGGGGGGGGGCUGAGCUCCAUGGCAUACAUCAAGGUCUUUCUGGAAGACAUCAAUGACAACGCGCCGGCUUUCUACCCACUGGAGUAUGCUACCAGCAUCAGCACCCAGAGUCAGCUGGGCUCUGCUGUGCUCCGGGUCAGUGCCCAUGACAAGGACGAAGGGCUGUAUGGGCGUGUGACGUACCAGAUCGCCGCUGGCAACACCCCGCCACUCUUUGCCAUAAAUCCAGACACAGGCGCCAUAUCUUUGCUGCGGAGUCUGACCGGCAAAGCCAACACCUUGGUGCACCUGGAGAUUGCAGCCCAGGAUGGAGGGGGACUGGCUGCCCAACCCAAUGCUCACAUCAAUAUCAGCAUUGUUGCUGGCACCGUCUCCCCUCCAAGCUUUGAACAGACUCAGUACUACUUCACAAUCCCAGAAGACACCCGGCCAGGCAGCAGCAUUGGAGCCAUCUAUGCCCACAACCCCCCAGGUCACUUGGACAGUGUGUUUUACUCCAUCUCCUCGGGAGACCCUCACGGCUACUUCUCCAUCGACCCCGGCUCAGGAGAACUGCGCACGCGCCUGGCCCUGGACCACGAGGCACAGCCGUCUGUCAUCCUGGAAGUGCAGGCCCGCAGCGGCGCUCCGCCUGCAUACAGCAGUGCCCGCGUGCAGGUCAGCGUGGCCGAUGUGAAUGACAAUGCGCCCGCCUUCCUACUCCCCUCGGAUUCAGUGCUGCUGCCUGAAGGGGUGGCCCUGGGCACUGUCGUGUACACGGUUCAUGCCGAGGACCGUGACGGCGGAGCCAACGGGCAAGUGCACUUUGAACUGGCCUCUGGGGGGACGAAUGCUUUCACCGUUGAGCAUUUCUCAGGUAAGGUGAGGCUUGUGGGGGCCUUGCAGCGAGAGAGUAGUGCCCCCUACAGGCUGGUCAUUCUAGCACAGGACGGGGGCGUCCCACGGCUCAGCGCCACGUUCACACUGCUGGUGCACGUGCAAGCGGAGGAUGAGCACGGGCCUGUCUUUGACACACUCUCUUACCGUGUGGAAGUGCGCGAAGGGCUGCCAGUGGGCACUCAAUUCCUGCAGGUGCGUGCAUUGGCCCGGGGUGCUCACGUGCUGCUCAGCUACCACUUGCGUGCUGAUGGAGAUGCUGCCAGCUUUGGCAUUGCGCCUGACACUGGGUGGCUGCACGUGCGCAGCACUCUGGACCGGGAGGUGCAGGAGCUGUAUGUGCUGACGGUCCUGGCGGUCACUGGGGAGGGCGAGGGGCGCCAGACGGGCACCAGCACCGUACGAGUCACUGUCACCGACGAGAACGACAACAGUCCUCGACUGAGCGAGGAGCGAUACUUCUUCGCUGUGCCUGAGAACCAGCCUGCCGGCAGCAGUGUAGGCCGCGUGAUGGCCAGCGACCGGGAUGCUGGACAGAACAGCCGCCUCUCCUACCGCCUGGUCCCGCAGGAGGGCAGCUUUUUAAUCCACACACAGACUGGGGAGCUGAGCGUACGGCAGAGCCUGGACAGGGAGCAGCAAUCCAGCUACCAGCUGCAAGUCCUUGUGCAAGACGGGGGAACCCCGCCACGCAGCGCCACAGGCACCGUCUACGUCACCGUGCUGGAUGAGAACGACAACGCACCCUCCUUCUUGCACGUGGCAGAGGGGCGGGAGCUUUUCUUGCAGGUUCUGGAGGAGAAGCCAGCGGGGCUCCUGGUUGCUUCGCUGCAGGCCAAGGACCCUGACGAGGGUGAAAACGGGACGGUCUCCUACUCGUUGGCAGGUGCACGGGCUGAGCGCUUCUCUUUACACAUGGCAACCGGGGAAUUGCGCACAGCCACCAAAUUGCGCCAGGCAGACUGUGGCGAAUACACCUUCACAGCAACAGCAAGUGACCGAGGCUCCAGCCCCCGUAGCACUGCAGCAGCUGUGCGCAUCCAGGUGGUGUCCACAGCCCAGCUGCUCCCUCGGCCAGAUACCACCGUGCUGACUCUCUAUCCCAUGGAGGGUCUGCAGCCUGGCUCCAUCGUUGGUUCUGUGGCUGCCCCGGACCCACUUCCUCAUGGGCAGGUGACUUACAUGUUGGUGGGAGACAGUAGUGGAGACGGCACCUUUGUGGUGGAUGCGGCUACAGGAGAAAUCUACGUGGCGCAGGAACUGGAUUAUGAGUCCAGCGCACGACACACCCUGCGAGUGAGCGUGGAAGAUACGCUGCGUGGCUAUCCCAGCCAGCGCCUGGUGUUGGUGGAGAUCCACGUGCAGGAUAGCAACGAUCACCCGCCUGCCUGGCCACAAGACCCAGUGACUGUGGUGGUGUCAGAGAGCGCCACCUCUGGCAUAGCCCUCUUCACUUUUCAGGCACUGGAUGGAGAUGGCCCUGGCCCAAAUAGCCAGUUGAGCUACAGCCUCCUGAACCAGGAGGCGGGGCAGUCCCCCUUCCAGCUGGACACGCACACUGGUGAGCUGAGCCUGCGAGGCCUGCUGGACCGUGAGGCUCAGGCGGCCUACCUGCUGGUGGUCCAGGCCACAGACCAGGCCCACAACAGCAGCCAGCGCCGCUCGGCUGCUCUCACUGCACAUGUCUUUGUCAUGGAUGAGAAUGACAACGUGCCGGAGUUCCUCUCUCCGGCCAGAGUGGAUGUUCCCGAGGACCAGCCCCCGGGCUUCCUGGUGUUGCAGGUGCUGGCAAGGGAUGGCGACUUGGGUGAGAAUGGACGGGUCAGCUACAUGCUGCGAGCGGGCAACGCCGACGGGAGGUUCAACCUCAACCCCAGUACAGGGGCAUUAUCUACUGUACGGACCCUGGACCGGGAGGAGGUGUCUCAGCAUAACUUGACCAUAGUUGCCAUGGACCACGGUUCCCCACGGCGCUCCGCCACACAGCUGCUGGUGGUGCACGUGCUUGAUGUGAACGAUGAGACACCCACUUUCCAGAGAAACCAUUACGAAGCCAGCAUAGUGGAGAAUUUGCCCCCGGGGGCCCCUGUGUUGCAGCUGCUGGCCUCUGAUCGUGACCUGGAAGCCAAUGGGCAGGUAUCAUAUGGCGGUAUCUCCGGGGAUGACUUCUCCAUUGACCCUGCCACGGGCCUUAUCACCACCCGGCGCUCCUUAGACCGAGAGGAACACGCAGAGCAUCUGCUGACAGUGUAUGCUCGUGACGGGGGUCUGCCUCCCCACCAGGCCAAGGCCACAGUCCGCAUUCUGGUGGCCGAUGACAACGACAAUUCCCCGGCCUUCCAGAGCGACGUGUGUGCCUUGGAAGUGCCGGAGAACCAGAGCCAAGCGGAAGUGAUCACCGUCCGCGCCACAGACCACGAUGCCGGCGAGAACGGCCGCCUCUCUUACCAGCUGACAGCCGGAGAUCCUGAGAAAGACUUUGCCCUCAACCCCGCCUCGGGCAAGCUGUACACGACGCGGGGGCUGGACCGGGAGCGCGUCCCCAGAUAUGUGCUGACUGUGCAGGCAUGUGACCACGGCUCGCCCCCCCACUGUGCCAGCCUGGCCCUCCAUGUGCAGGUGCGGGACCUGAACGACAACGCGCCCACCUUUGCACAGGAGGCUUAUGCUGCAGAGGUGCCUGAGGACCUGCCCGUGGGCACCCUGGUGUUGCAGCUGAAAGCUCUGGACGCAGACGAAGGCAUCAACGGGCAGAUCUCAUACUUCCUGGCCAAGGAGUCCCUGGGCACCUUCCAGGUGGAGCCGCAGACGGGCCGCCUCACCACCUCCCAGGCCCUGGACCGGGAGCGCCGGGCAGCCUACAGCUUCCUCGCCUUUGCCGUGGACUCCUCCCCCUGGAGCCCCCAGAGCGCUUCCGUGCGGAUCACGGUCACUGUCCAGGACGUGAAUGACCAUAUCCCUACCUUCCUGCUCAGCCCACUGGCCGUCACGCUACCACGCAACACACCAGCCAAGCGGGUGGUGGCCACGCUGCGUGCCGAAGACCACGAUGCUGGGGCGAACGCCUCGAUCCUCUAUCGCUUUGCCACUCCUACCCCGGCCUUUGCCAUUAACACCUACACGGGGGCCAUCCAGCCGCUGCAGCCCCUAGCGGGCCUCAGCCAGCGCCAGCGCACCCUGUUUGUGGUGGCCAGCGACCUGGGGCAGCCCCCGUUGUCUUCCACAGGUGUGGUAGUCAUUCACCUGCAGGACGAGAGCUACAGGGGUGUUCGCUUCCCUCGCAGCAGCAGUGAUGUGGCCCUGCCCGAGAAUGCCACACCAGGCACCCCAGUGGUCAGCAUCCCCGCCACUCACACCACAGGCUCCUCGGGCCGCAUCACCUACAGCCUCGUCAGUGGCAAUGAGAGGGGCGCCUUCCGCAUCCAGCCCAGCACAGGUGAGGUUUCCGUGCAGAAUCCUGGGCUGCUGGACUUUGAGGCGAGCCCCCGUCUGCGCCUGGUGCUGCAGGCCGAGUCGGCCGCUUCCUUCGCCUUCUUGGCUGUUCAGGUCAACCUUCAGGAUGUGAAUGACAACCACCCGCGCUUCCAGCUGCAGAAUUACGUGGCUUUCAUCUGGGAGGCCCAAGGCUACGACUCGCCUGUCAUCCAGGUUGUGGCUGAUGAUGUGGACCAGGGCCCCAAUGGCCAGGUGACCUAUACGAUCAACCAUACGCUGCCCAUGAACGGGCUCUACCACAUCAAUGCACACACAGGCGCCAUCACCACAGCAGCCAUUCUGGACAGGGAGAUCUGGGCCCAGACACGGCUGGUGCUGACAGCAACUGACAGAGGAAGCCCUCCGCUUGUGGGCACGGCCACGCUGACUGUGGUGGUGAUGGACGUGAAUGACAACAGCCCCACCAUCCCUGCACCCUGGGAGGUGCGGGUGCCCGAGAACACCCUCCUGGGGACCGAGAUUACCAUGGUGACAGGCAAUGACGUGGACUCCGGCCCGCUGCUUUCCUACCUGCUUGUGCUGGACAGCAGCGCAAGGGGCACUUUCGGCAUCCUGCGCUACGAGGGCCGCAUUACGCUGAUGGGGCCGCUGGACUACGAGCAGCGCCGCCACUAUGCCCUGACGGUGCGUGCCUCUGACUCCCAGCACGAGACAGAGGCCAACGUCACUGUGCUGGUGGAAGAUGUCAACGACAACGCCCCCCGCUUUGCCCAGGCUCUGUAUCAGGUGCUGCUGCCGGAGCACACCCCAGCUGGCAGCCCCAUCCUGACACUCGGCGCCACUGAUGCGGACUCUGGCCCCAAUGGGGAAGUCACCUACCAGCUGGCUGCGCCUAGUCAGGCCUUCGCCAUCGAUCCACGCAAUGGGACCCUGUUCACCACUCAGCCCCUGACUCUGGAGCCAGGAGACCCCACGCUGGACGUUUGGGUGGAGGCCCACGACGGGGGCUCCCCCAGGCUCUCGGCCUGGACCAUGGUGCAAGUGCAGGUGCUGGACGUGAACGACCACGGGCCCCACUUCUUGAAGCCACGCUACAAUGCCAGUGUGGCUGAAGACCAGCGCCCGGGCACCACCUUGCUCACCCUGCAAGCCACAGACGGCGAUGUGACCCGGGACAACGCUGCUUUGGACUACACCAUCGUCAGUGGGAACAAUGGGCAAGCCUUCCAGCUGGAGGGCCAGGCCGGGGGGGGCAGCGCCCUGGUCCUGGUCGAGCCACUGGACUUUGAGGCUGUGGCUGUCUACAACCUAAGCGUGGCCGUGGCCGACCGAGGGGUGCCCCAGCACAGUGCCGUUGUGCCAGUCAUCCUCACCGUGCUAGAUGCCAAUGACAACCCUCCCACGUUUGGGCGUCCCGUCUACCACGUGGCUGUGAGUGAGAGCACAGUCCCUGGAACAGAGCUGCUCCGCGUGGCCGCCCAGGACCCUGACUCAGGCACGCACGGUCAGGUCCACUACCACAUUAGCUCUGGUGACCCCGGCGGGCUCUUCCACUUGCAUCCGUCCACUGGAGCGCUGCGCCUGUCCAAAGACCUGGACUGCGAAGAGCAGGCCCAGCACAGCCUGGUGGUGCAGGCCUCUGAUGGUGCGGAUGGACAUUUUGCGCUGGCCUCGGUCACGGUUGAGGUCAAGGACGUUAAUGACAACCUUCCCUAUUUCCCCGUUGGGGUGCUGAGUGCCAGCCUGCGGGAGAACCUGCCGCCUGGCAGCCUGGUCACCACCGUGCAUGCCGUCGACGCGGAUGCGGGCGUCUUUGGAGAGCUGCAUUAUGCCCUGCUGUGGACAGAGGGGCGGGAGGCCUUCAGCAUCAACAGCAGUUCUGGCCAGCUGCACUCCCGGCUGCCUCUGGACUACGAGCGGAGCAAGGCUUUCCAGCUGCUGGUACAGGCCACAGACGCAGGCAAUGCCUCAGCCACGGUCAGCGUGCGCGUUCUGGUGACUGGGGAAGAUGAGUACGAGCCCGUCUUCCUGAGCCCAGCCUUCAGCUUUGAGGUCCCGCAGGGGGCCCGCAGGGGGCACCGCAUCGGGCACGUGAUGGCCACGGAUGAGGACGAGGGCCCAGACGGGGUGGUGCUCUACAGCCUGACCAAGCCAUCCCCCUUCUUUGGGAUCAACCAAACCAGUGGCACCCUCUACCUGCGCUUGGACAGCCAGGCGCCUGCAGGCAGCCCUCCCAAGCGGGAGCCGCGGGAGAUGGUGCUGGAGGUUCGGGCUCACAGCCCUCUGCCUGCCUCGCGCUCGGCCUCCGCUCAAGUCACCGUCGACGUCACGCACACCUCCUUUGGGCUGGUGCCAGACCUCAACCUGCUGGUGGUCGUCGCGGUGGCCGCCUCACUGGGCGUGGUGGUGGUGUUGGCUGCCGUGGCCAUUGUGUUGGCACUCAUCCGGUCUCGGCAAGGCCGUUGCCGCAAGGAGGCAGAUUUGGUACCUACAAAGGGUGGCACUUUGCAGAAGUUGGGCCACACUGAGCCAGCCCUGCCUGGGGGGGACUGCCUCUAUCACGAGGCACUGCCUGGCUAUGGGACAGAGCCAGCUGGACCCUACACCAGGGGGGGGUCGCUGGACCCCUCCCACUCGAGCGGCCGUGGCUCAGCCGAGGCAGCUGAGGACGACGAGAUCCGCAUGAUCAACGAGUGCCCGCGCGUGUCCAGCGUCGCUUCCUCCCUGCAGGAGCACCUGGCCGCCCGUGGGCCAGACUCCGGGAUCCAGACGGAUGCGGAUCGCCUCUCUGAUGUGUCCUGUGAGCCAGCCACUCUCGACGCCUCCCACUGGUUCAAGAGCAGGAAGGGUCCAGGUUUCCUGCUGCCCGGGCAGCCCCCGCAGCUCUAUCGGGACGAUGUGGGGGCCAGCAUAGCCUACCUGGGGACUGGCUGUGGCCUCACCGUCUCUUCCACCAAAGACUAUUCCUUCCCGGAGGAUGGGAAGCCCCGUGUCGAUGGCUCACUCACAGCCAUUGUGGCCAGCGACGAGGAGCUACGAGGCAGCUACAACUGGGACUAUCUCCUUAACUGGUGCCCCCAAUUUCAACCACUGGCCAGUGUCUUCACAGAGAUUGCUCGCCUGAAGGAUGAGAGCUCCCUGCGCAAGCCCUUCCCGACCAAGCCCAAGCCCCGCAUCGACCCACCACCCCUCAUCACUUCUGUUGCACACCCUGGUGCCAAGUCAGUGCCCCCCAAGCCUGCCGUGGGCCGGGCUUUCCCCCACCUCUCUUCUCUGCGACGUUCACCCAUAAGCCACGAGGGCUCGCUUUCUUCAGCAGCCAUGUCACCCAGCUUUUCACCUUCACUGUCGCCGUUGGCAGCCCGGUCCCCCGUCGUCUCACCCUUUGGGGUUUCGCAGGGCCCCUCGGCAUCCACGCUAAGCACUGAGCACUCGGUGGAGGCCCCCGACGCGGCUGAGCUCCGCAUCUAGGUGGGGCUGUGCACGCUCUCCUCUAGUGGGGCAGGAGACCCACGGGGUACAGGUCUGCUCUGUCCGGAGCUGUGGGACUCUUGCAGGCCGAGGCCUUCCUAGAGUUGUUGGGGGUUGCAAUCUGCGCUUCCUGCGGCCCCUCAUAGAACCCUCCUCCUCCUCCUCCUCACGGUGUCCAGGGAGAACGGAGCAGCCUCCCUUUCCAGAUGGGGCUGUUGCUGACAAGUGGGACAAUAAGAGGCCAAGCGGCCAGGAAGACAUUCCAGAAGCAAAGGGGUACGAGGACUGCUGCAAGAUGGCCACUGCGCGUAGCGUUGCCCCCUCCCCAGGAACAGAAGCGGCUGUGUGUAGCCCCGCCCCCCAGCCCGUCCCCCUGGUCCCCUUCAUGCAGACGUGGCUGUUCCCUGCCUGAUCUCCACGGCUGGAUCUCCCCACUGCCCUCCCCCACACACACACUGAAUGGGCUUAGGCAACCUCCAGCCGCCACUCCCCUGGAGUGAGCAGCUGACACGGCUCCACUCCCGUGAAAUGGCAUUCGUGAGCACAGCUGUCAUCCUGCAGGGUGGAGGCAGAGGCAGGGCUGGAACAGGCGCAGGCCUGGAGACCAGGAGCAACCCCCCUCUGGCCCUGGCCGGGGAUUGGGGCGCGAGCACGUUUGGGCGGCCACAGCCCCAUGAGCCCCACCGCAGGCCUUCAGCUCCCCUUGUGCACCAGGGGCCUUGUGGCCCACUCUCACUGCAUGGGUGACAUAUGCACAGAUACUGGGGAGGGGCUGGUCCCCCCCCACACAGGUGGACUCCUGGGAAGGGGGUGCCUUGGCCUACCUUGUGGAGGGCCCUCGGCACGUGCUCAGAAGUGGGGUACGCUGACAGCUUGGCAACUGGGUGUGUCCAUGAAAUUAGUGACAUAACCUGAAAUCUCCAAGCUGUGCAGAACCGGAGCCCUGCAUUCAGUUGGCUUGAGAUGGGGGUCCUCUCAUCCUCCAGAGCAAUACCGCCCGCCCACCCCCACCCCCGCAUAGACUAAUGGCUUGCAAUAAUCAAGUGUGACAGCAGGGGCCCACAACGGCCCUCCCUGAGAACUUGGGAAUAAAACUUCUGGCUAUGGUAGUAAUCAAAGCCCUGAAAGUUCCCACAGAGUAGAAAUAAGAGCAUGUUGGCAAAGUCAAGUGGUAGAAAGCACUAUGGUGGUGGAGAGUGCCAUCAAGUCAUAGCUUCAUACCCCUCCCCAAAUCCUGCAAGCAGAAAGCAAGCGUGUCAAGUUCAGCUACCAGGUAUAUUACCUGGCCAUAAUCUGAUGGGUCUUUGUGAGCCAAUGAAAGUUGAAAGGUGUAACUGCAGACGAGAGGAGUAAACGGUGUGAUAACUGGAGGGUGCUGAAGAAGCAGGCCAACAGGGAACCACCGAGGAGGGCAUUAGGAAGUCCCAAGGCAGGCACCAGCCCAUACCCGCUCCCUUUCCACGGGCCACAUGAACCUUUCCCAGCAUUAAUCAGUGGCACGGAGGUCAGCCCUUCUUCAUGGGCACUCUGGUGCUCUUAACUGUACAGGCAGAAAUUCAGCAGGUCCCGUUAUCCCCAUCCCUGCAGCUGCAGCACAGGGGCCUGGGCCUCCCUCCGUUCGGGGCAGCUGAAGAGAGCUUUUCCGUUCGUACAGCGGGGAGCUGAGGGCAGCUGUGGCGGGCUGGAACGAGCCGGAACCAGGAACAGCAGCGUCCAGCUCUGCCUGGGGGUGGGGCGUGUGUGUUAACUUAUUAUUUAGGAGGGCCCAAAGCACAGCCCCCCAAACCCCCGCGCCCCAAGCCCUGCCCCACCCUGGUUCUGCCUGGCGCUGCGUCCGGCCUAGCCUAGGUCCCAUCUCCGUACUGCAACCGCUUUCCUGUUCCGGUCAUUUGUCUCUCUUUGUAUGGCUCCGAGGUGCCCAGGAGCCUUGGGUGCUGCUCAGGGGCGCCCAACCCUAAGUGCCAACUUUUCUAAGGAAUGCCUUAAUAAACUUCACCGUGUU